AUGGUGCCCGGCUCAUGGUGCCCGGCUCAUGGUGCCCGGCUCAUGGCUCAUGGUGCUCGGCUCAUGUUGCCCGGCUUAUGGUGCCCGGCUCAUGAUGCGCGGCUCAUGGUGUCCCGGGUCAUGGUGCCCGGGACAUGGCCGGCUCAUGGUGUUCGCGUCAUGGUGCCCGGCUCAUGGUGCCCGGCUCAUGGUGCCCGGCUCAUGGUGCCCGGCUCAUGGUGCCCAGCUCAUGGUGCCCGGCUCAUGGGGCCCGGCUCAUGGUGCCCGGCUCAUGGUGCCCGGCUCAUGGUGCCCGAGUCAUGGUGCCCGGGUCAUGGUGCCCAGGUCAUGGUGACUGGCUCAUGGUGCCGAAUUCAUGGUGACCGGGCAUGGUGCCUGGAACAACACAUGUUGCCCGGCUCAUGGUGCCCGGCUCAUGGUGCCCGGCUCAUGGUGCCCAGGACAUGGUGCCCGGCUGAUGGUGCCCGGGUCAUAGUGUCUGGCUCAUGGUGCCGUGUUCGUGGUGACCAGUUCAUGGUGCCCGGCUCAUGGUGCUCGGCUCAUGGUGCCCGGGUCAUGGUGCCCGGGUCAUGGUGA